UUGGAAGGUGCUGGGGAGGUUUCCCUUCCACGCCAUGGCUGCACGGACUGUGCCCCACGCCUACCCCAUGAGUUCCGAGUACGAGUUUGCCAACCCCAGCAAGAUCUACGACCAGAACUUUGGAGAAGGCGUCUCCCCCUGCGAGCUCUUAGCCCCUGCCCUGUACCACGGCUACUACAUCAGACCUCGGAUCAACAAGCAGCUGGAGAGAGGCACCUCGGAGGUCAGCCUGAACGAGCACAAGUUCCAGGUGUUCCUGGACGUCUGCCACUUCCUGCCGGACGAGCUCUCGGUGCGCACCGUCGACAACCUGCUGGAGGUGGUGGGGCAGCACCCGCAGAAGGCUGACCGCCACGGCUUCAUCUCCAGGGAGUUCACCAGGACCUACAUCCUGCCGCUGGAUGUUGACCCUUUGCUGGUCAGAGCCACCUUGUCCCACGAUGGCAUCUUAAGCAUCGUGGCCCCCCGGACAGGGAAGGAGGUGAAAGCCAGAGUCAAUGAGGUGAAGAUAAGCCAAGAGGAGCCGCCGGCGGGGAAAGGAGAGCAGCCUGAGGAAAGAAAAGGGAAAGAAGAGUCCUAAAGGCUCCAGAUUUGGGCUUGCACGGGGAUGGGAGGUGGGAGGGGGGAUGGGGAAUCCGUGGUGCCAGGCGCCUGUUUCUCACCGUCAGUGUUUAGCAGGGCUGUGAGGCAGCCAAAUAGUUGGCAGAGCUCUGCUUUUUAAGGCUGAUGGCUGGAGAAAGGGAUUUGGGAGUGGAGAAACGAGAGGGAGACUGAAGUGUGAGUGCAAAGCAGUGUAGCUCAAGGCUUCUCCCAGGUCAAGUGAUCGCUGAGCACCGUGCAGAGUGCUCUUCUCCCACCCCAAAAAGCAAGGGUCACUCUUGCCCCAAACUGUGAGGCUGUGCUGUGCCACAGUGGACUUUUAAUAGCUGCUGUGCUCUAGCCCAGAAGGGUGCUGGGAAGAGGGAAGAGUUGGUUCCAGUUCCUCACUUCUGAGCUGGUGGCUGACUUUGGUGGAGGUGGAAGGUGCUUGUUGGUCUGUAAAAGUGCCUGCAGCUCUCAGGAGGAAGGAGGAAUAAACCAGCCUCUGAUCUUCA